AGAAUCCUCUGGACAGUAGGCUUCGAUAAUCAUGGCUGGGCUUGUGCGCACUGUUUAUCUCAGACCCAAGAUCUAUAAUGCUUUGCAAGUCUCUCUGAGACCAUACAGCUCUGGCACACCCACCACCAAACUUUUCAUUAAUAAUGAGUUUGUGGAAUCUCAAACCAAAGAUUGGAUUGAUCUUCACAACCCUGCUACCAAUGAGGUGGUCACCAGAGUUCCUAAGAGUACUCAGGCUGAGAUGGAACGAGCUGUGAAUGCUGCAUCAGAAGCAUUUCCUGCAUGGUCUGACACAUCAAUUCUUGCAAGGCAGCAAGUCAUGUUUAAAUUUCAAAGCCUUAUCAAAGAAAAUGUUAAAGAACUGGCUGCUUUGAUUACUCUAGAGCAAGGUAAAACACUAGCUGAUGCUGAAGGUGACGUAGCUAGAGGAUUACAGGUGGUAGAACAUGCUUGUGGUAUUACUUCUUUACAACUUGGUGAAACUUUACCAGGGAUAUCAAAAGACAUGGACUUGUAUUCGUAUAGAAUUCCUCUUGGAGUCACCGCUGGUAUCACACCAUUCAAUUUCCCAGCCAUGAUUCCACUUUGGAUGUUUCCAUUGGCAACGGUUUGUGGUAAUACUUCAGUUAUAAAACCAUCUGAAAGGGAUCCGGGUGCUACUAUGUUAUUGGUUAAACUAGCUGCCGAAGCAGGUCUACCAAAAGGAGUUGUCAAUGUUAUCCACGGAGCACAUGAUGCUGUAAACUUUAUCUGUGAUAACCCAGCAAUUAAAGCUAUUUCCUUUGUUGGCUCUGAUCAAGCUGGGAAAUAUAUUUAUGAACGAGGAAGUCUGAAUGGGAAACGUGUACAGAGUAAUAUGGGAGCUAAGAACCAUGGUGUUAUCAUGCCUGAUGCUAAUAAAGAAAGCUCAAUCAAUCAGCUUGUUGCUGCUGCCUUUGGUGCUGCUGGUCAACGGUGUAUGGCAUUGUCCACAGCAGUAUUCGUAGGCGACUCUAAAGACUGGAUUCCUGAUUUAGUUAAAAAGGCAAAGAGUCUUAAAGUUUCUGCUGGUGUUGAAAAAGGUGCGGAUCUUGGACCUCUGAUUUCACCGCAGGCUAAAAGGAGGGUUUGUGAUUUGGUACAAAGUGGUGUUAAUGAAGGAGCUAAUCUUAUCUUAGAUGGCACAAACAUUGUUGUACAAGGAUAUGAGAAAGGAAACUUUGUUGGACCUACAAUUUUAACCGAUGUCAAGACAAACAUGAAAUGUUACACAGAAGAAAUAUUUGGGCCUGUCUUAGUAAUAAUGUCAGUAGAUACUUUGGAUGAGGCUAUACAAGUUAUUAAUUCCAAUCCCUAUGGUAACGGAACUGCUAUCUUUACAACCAAUGGAGCGACUGCAAGAAAGUUUACAAAUGAAAUUGAUGUUGGGCAGAUUGGAAUCAACGUUCCCAUUCCAGUGCCAUUGCCUAUGUUUUCAUUUACUGGGUCAAGAGGAUCCUUCCUGGGAGAUUCCAAUUUCUAUGGAAAAGCUGGUGUGAAUUUCUAUACACAGUUGAAGACAAUAACAUCGUCAUGGAAAAGCGAGGACGUCUCGUAUGGUAGUAAGCCAGACACAGCUUUCCCUACCCCGAAGUAACCAAUUCCAGAUAUCAUCAAAUUAAUAUUAAAUAGAAUAUAAACAUGUACAGUAGUGCAAGGUGUUCAUUUACCACUUAUCCAGUCUUCCUUACUCUCUGCAGUGAUUGGUUUCAUGCUAAUAUUACAAUCUUAGUUGCCAGAAAAUUGUAAUUGGAAAGGGUAUUAUAGGUAUAAUCUACCGGGAGUCAAAACUAGUUUUUAAUACACGUUUCUAAGAUCAAUCUGUUAGUCAUGCUUGUAUUACUGUAUAUCACUUUAAUUUUGUGACAUGAAUUUUUGCAACAUUUUCUAGCAGCAAGUAUUUCAGUGACUUGCUCGUGCUGAAAAUUAAACAGUAUAUAUAUGAGAUGGUGUUGUAUCGCCAUUGACAUGUUAAGUCUUGUUUUAAGCAAUAACAUUGUGGAUAUUAGCCUUACUAAUAUGUGAUAUUGAAAUUAAUAAAUAACCAGUGUCACUGUCAA